AAUGUAUUUUAGUAUUUAAGGGCAAAAUUUCCAAAAAUAAUUGAAGAAACCCCCUAAAAGAACAAAUAAACAAAAAAAUAAAUAAAUAAAAAUGGGUUAAGGAGGGGAGAGUUGGAGAGUGAGAAUGAAAGCCCUAAACUCCAACUCCUAAACAACUCAUCCAGUUUUGCCUCACGGUGGUGGCCUCUCUCUCUGCGCAGGACCAUCUCCUCAAGUUCGACGCCGUUCUCUCCUCUUCAUGGUCGACGAUUGAUUUUCUUCAACGGCUUUUGCGUUAGAACCCUAGAAGCAGAGUUGCAGAGAUUUUGGGAUCAAUUUAAAUGGCUUCAUGGAGAAUCCGUACUGCUUCAUCCACCUUCCUCAACUACUUGACCCGCCCCUCGGCUUUCACCUCCCGCAAUUUCACUACUGAUGUGGCUGAAAAAGGCACCCAGUCAUUGCAAAAUAGUAUGAUGAACCAGUUGGCUCAUCUUGAUAUCAAUACCUUGAUUGGAAGUUGCAUGCCUCUUGCGGCUAUGCGCAUUGGAACUAUUAUCCACAACAUUGAGGUGAACCCUGGUCAAGGUGGCAAACUUGUUCGAGCUGCAGGAACCUGUGCCAAGAUUCUCAAAGAACCUUCAUCGAGUAAAUGUCUCAUUAGGCUCCCUUCCGGUUCUGAAAAGUGGGUGGAUUCUCGGUGCAGGGCCUCCAUUGGUGUCGUGUCAAAUCCUAGCCACGGGGCUAAGAAGCUCCGAAAGGCUGGGCAAAGCAGGUGGUUGGGUCGUAGGCCAACUGUACGAGGAGUGGCAAUGAACCCAGUUGAUCAUCCUCACGGUGGAGGUGAGGGUCGAAGUAAGAGUAGUGGAGCCUGGGGAAGGACUUCUCAGACACCUUGGGGAAAGCCGUGUAAGUCUGGAUACAAAACUGGACCUCUCAAGCGCAGGAAGUAGAGCUUGAUUGUUUUAGUGGUGGAUGAAGAUGAAUUUGAGAAUAAUAUGAUGUUUUAUUAAUUCAUAGUGAGUAGUUUUUGUGUUGAACCAGCUGUGAAUUAGUUGGACACUGGACAGAAAGACAGUCUUAUAAUAAUAGGAUUGUUUUUGCGUGUAGCAAGGCCCAAAGUUUACUGAUCUGGAAGAGUUUUUCGUGAGUUGAAAUUUACCAUUGUAGAGUAAAGUGUAGACUUUUCUUCCUUUUUUAUUUAUUUAAUGGAUUUUAUAAUGUAUAGGCACAUGCGUGCCUACUGAAGGCUUGAGUUAGAAUUUAUUGUAUGCUGUGAAAUUUUCUCAGUAAUAAAGAAUGUCUCUUCCUUUUUU